AUGUAUAUCUCAAUGAGAACCACAAAGUCCCUCCUGGCCAGCCUUUUGCUGGGGCAGGUCAUUGCGCACCCCGGCUGUCCCGCCGGUCCUGGCGGUCCCGCCCCUGAUAUCUCAAAAUUUGACCACGCCAGUACCAUCGAACGCGAUGUUGCUAUAAUUGGAGGCGGAGCUUCUGGCACCCACGCUGCCAUCCAGCUCCGUAAGAUGGGCCACAGCGUCGUGGUGGUCGAAAGGGAAUCCGUCCUAGGCGGCCACACCAAUACCUACCUCCAUCCAGUAAGCGGCCAGUAUAUUGACUACGGCGUCCAGAUCUGGCAGAAUAUUCCCGAGGCAAGAGACUUCCUCGCCCAUCUCAACAUCUCCACGACCACCGUGCAAUUGGGACGCUCCAAUAGUGUCCGCAUCGAUCUGCGCACGGGACAAACUGUGCCCCCGCCGCAGGGCAAUGUGACCGACGCGAUGAUGCGGUAUACGAUGCAGCUGCUCCAGUAUCCUUAUCUCGAGCAGGGAUGGAACCUCCCGGACCCUAAAUACGACCUCGCACCGGCGGUGGAGACCCUGACGCUGUAUGCGCAAGGCUUCAAGGACUGGCUGCAGUACCCGACCAUAUACAUCAUGAAGCAUUUCAGUCUGGGGGUGGCGCUGGGCGCGCAGAACGGAUUCCUGGCCUCAGUGGACGGCAACAACGGGGCAUUGUAUGAAGCUGCGCGCCAGGAACUGGGCGAUGAUGCAUUGCUCAGCAGUACUGUGGUCAGCAUGGAGCGUCCAGCAGACCGUCCGCAUCGGAUACUGGUCCGAACUCCAAAAGGCUACCAACUCAUCAAAGCGAAGAAGACCAUCAUCACUGCUCCGCCGAAGCUGGAGAACCUGGCGAAUUUCGAUCUAGACGAUACCGAGCGUGGCGUCUUUGGCCAGUUCGAAAACACCUUCUACUACACCACUGUGGUCAGGGUCCCUGGUCUGCCAGCCGGAAUUGACAUCCUCAACCGCGCUGCCGACAUGCCGUACAACAUCCCUCAUCUGCCAGGAGUGUACGCCAUGUUGCCGUCUCGCGUCCCGGACAUCUACACCAUCUACUACGGCGGUGGGGACGCCAAGACCGAGGACGAGGUGAAGAAGAGCAUCAGAGACGGUGUGAUUAUGCUACGUGAAGCGCAAUUCAACAUCUCCGAGCCUGAGAUCCUGGCCAUCAGCAACCACAGUCCAUUCGCGUUGUUCGUGUCGGCCGACAAAAUCGCCAAGGGCUUCUAUAGGAAUCUGUACGCGUUGCAGGGACAGCGGAACACGUACUAUACCGGCGCUGCGUUCCAUACGCAUGACUCUGCUGCCGUCUGGAGGUUUACGGACAAUCUGUUGAAGACUAUGUUUGCUUGA